CCUUGUUCUUGAGUGUCUUAGUGUUGUAAACACGUUUAGGGAAGCUUGUUUCCCUUGGUUGUACGAAGGAAAGGUAUUUUUCCUUCGGGUUGAAGUCUUGGAGUGCGGUAUCUCCGAGCAAGUGUUGUUGAGGCUCGUGGGACUCGAGUUCUCAGGUUGUAACGGUUUGUUAAGCACCCAAACGCCAAUGAAGAAGGUAAAUGAAAAACUUGUCCCAAAGACCGAAGACGAAUUUGAUGCCGAAGACAUCAAGAAGGUGGAGAACUACGCCAAGGCAAUCAACAUGCUGUACUGUGUGGUCAAUCCUGAUGAUUAUCGCAAGAUCUCUUGCUGCACCACGGCAAAAGAAAUGUGGGACAAGCUGGAAGUCACAUAUGAAGGUACGGACCAAGUUCGGGAAUCCAAAAUUGACUUCCUAACGCAGGAGUACGAGAUGUUCAGGAUGAAGGAGCACGAGAAGAUUGAUGAUAUGUUCGACCGUUUCUCCAAGAUAGUCAACGAUCUUCAUGCAUUAAAUAAGACGUACACCGACAGGGAUCUUAGGAAGGGGAUAACACUAAAAGCCGUGAAAGAAUCAACGAUGGAUGAUUCAAGUGACGAUGAUGAAGUCAAGCUUGUCAUGAAGAAGUUUUGCAAACUUCUAAGAAAGAAAGAAAAGGUUGAGGAUGGCCCUGUGUGCUAUGGAUGUGGAGAAGCCGGGCACAUCAAGAACAAAUGCCCGAAAAGCGGAAGGAAUGCUCGACACUUCAAAAGGCAAAGGGCGUAUAUCUCUUGGGGUGGAGACUCCAGCGACGAGUCAACCGACCAAGAUGAGGAUGAAGUUGCCAACCUCUGUCUCAUGGCACACGAAGACCAAACCGACGAUGUACAAGAGGCCUCCAAGAAGAAGGGCAACGCCGAAGCGACGACCUCAGCGCUCCCGCCGUUUCCCUACCUAGACGGCUCUUUCCUCGAGUUCGGGUCGGAGGAGGAGCUCACCCGGUUUCUCUCGCACUUCGCCAAGCGUCCUAUUUCUCCGCCCAGGGUGCUGCCCGAGUUAUACCCUCAACAAAAGGGGUACCACGACCUCGACAAUCAACUCAAAGAGUCGGGUUUGUGGUCGUUCGUCUCCAGGAGCCGUCAGUCCUAUAAUCCCGCCUAUGUCCGGGCCUUCUACUCCAAUCUCCGCCGUGACGGGGACACCAUUCGCAGUAGCAUCAAUCUCUAUGACAUAGAGAUUGAUUUGGCUACCUUCGCUCGGGUCGCAGGGCUGCCCACUCGCGCCCCGCCGGAGAAGCGUCUUCUUCUCUACAUCCUCACCCGGAUUCUUCGCCCCCGGGACGGUAGCCACACAUGUCUCUUCAACGAGGAUCUCAAGGCGGUUCAUGCUAUCACCCAUGGCGCCUCGAUCAAUUGGGCAAAAUACGUCAUGAUUCACAUGGCGGAUUGCGCCUCCAUCGCCACUGAGAGGAGCUUGUCAUACGCCUUCCUCUUCAUGGACCUCAUCAUCUCCGCUGACAUCUCCAUCGCCGGCCCGGAUACGAAGAUGACAAAGAUUUGGAUAAUUCAAGACAGCACCUUCCGGAAGAAGUCCGGAGACCGGGACGGCGCAGGCCCAAGUCGUGCACCAGCCCCCGCUCCCGCCAAGGCCUCUUUGCAAUCCAUAGCCGAUACUCUGAACUGGCUAACCCUCACAGUGGAUGGCAUGGGGCAGUCAAUCGAGCGGAUGGACUGGACGCUGCACCGCCAACACCACGACAUGACGGCGUUCUUCCGCGGCAUCAACUACGUCCCGCCGCCCUUUGACAGCACCUUCCUCGGCCAAAAAUAUGAAGGCGAGGACGAGGAGGAUAACUCCUAUGCUCCAUCCUCCUCCCCCGACGAGGCCGACUUUGAAGAUGCGAUCGACGGCGAUCCCAUGGACGUCGAGGACGACGAGGAUGACGACGAGGACGCCGAUGCUUAGACUUUUCUUUUCUCUUCUUACUAUGAUUGUAUUUUUUUUAUUUCCAUUUCGUUGUAUUCCGCAUUUCCCUUUUUUCAUUAAUAAAAGUUUACUUUUACAGUUCUAAAGUUUACUUUUAAUUCUUUUUGUUAAUGUCAAAAGGGGGAAGAUAUUAAGGUUAUGCAUAAAUUGAGGGGGAAUUU